CAAUCUGAACAUCUUGAACUUACUCCCAUUUUUUGGUGUUUAUCUACUUUCAAGCCUAUCACAAAUAUCCAUCUCGCGAUGAAAGUCCUUCUGACAGGCGCAACUGGGACGAUCGGCGGCGGCGCGCUGCGAGCAUGCCUCAUACAUCCACAAAUAACAACAGUCGUCGCAUUCGUGCGCCGCCCCCUUCCACAAGAUCUAUCCUCAAAUCCAAAACUCGAAACAGUCAUCGUCGAAGAUUUCUCGACAUGGACAGAUGAGCUACUAGAUCAGCACAUGAACGCCGCGGCGAUGAUUUGGGCCCUUGGCUCUUUGAGUCCUACGCACAAGGUAGAUGUGGAGUAUCCGCUUGCUUUCCAGGAAGCUUUUAUCAAGCGACGCAGUCUGCAAGAGAUACCGGCGGAGUUCCGGUAUGUUCAUGUUAGCGGGAAAUUGGUGGAACAGGAUCCGGACAGGAAGUUGUAUUUUCUGGAUGCGCAGCGGAAGACGAAGGGACUGCACGACACCAAGGCAAUCGCGUUAGCCGAUCAGACCGAUUCAUGGUGGAAGUUGACUAUUGUCCGCCCUGGAGGUGUUUUGUCCGAUGGGUUCGCGAUGGGUGCGCUGGCUGCUGUGAUAGGCAAGAAUUGGGCUAUUAAUGUGGGUACACUAGGUGCUUAUUUGGCUUAUGUUGCUGUCGGAGGGGAUGUCGAGGAGACUAUCGUUUUGAAUGGGACGAUUGUGGAGAAGGGAAGGAAGUUACUCAAGGAUCUUUCCUAG